AUGCAGUCACGGUUUCGCUGGAGCAGCGAGCCCCGUUUUUUUCAGAUUGAGGGUGUAAAGGCGCAAAUUGAGGGUGUCGAUGCGAUAAUCCAGGCCCCAACAGGCUCAGGCAAAACAGCUAUAGCAGCGGGUCCUCACCUCUGGCCGGGUAAUGCUGGGAAGACAACGAUAAUGGUAUGCCCACUUCUCGCAUUAGAGGAAGAGAUGGUGGAGACCUUCAAGACGGAAUUUGGCUUGACUGCUGUUGCUGUCAAUGGCCAGAAUACUCUCUCACAAAAUAAGCAGAUUAUGCAGGGCAUUCUCCGUGGACAGUACCGUAUCAUCCUCAUAUCCCCCGAAAUGCUACAGUCACGGUCAUUCAAGGAUCGAGUGCUGCGCAACACCCAAUUCAUGCGACGUGUACUCAGUGUAGUCGUGGACGAAGCACACUGUCUCUCUCACUGGGGCGCCGACUUUCGCAAAAUGUAUGCGAGCCUUGGAUCUAUACGUGCGUUCCUUGCACCAGGUACUCCUAUCAUUGCUGUCACAGCCACUCUCACCGCUCGCGUGCGCCGCGAUCUCCAUACCAAACUUCACUUCCCAAAAACCGGCAGCCGUUUCGUCAAUGUGGGAAAUGACCGCCCGAAUGUCUCGAUCAUCGUUCGUGCAUGCGAGCACCCUCAGAAUACACUCGCCGAUCUCGAUUUUAUUCUGCCAGACACCAUCGCAACCCCGCAUGACAUCCCGAAAACGUACCUCUAUGUCGACAAGAUCGACACCGGCAAUGCCAUCAUAGAUCACCUUGGAAAACUCCUUCGACAGCGCAAUCCCACACUCUACGAAUUGGGAGUUAUACGCCCGUUCAAUGCGACCAUGUCUCCCGAGUACCGCUCUCACGCCAUGGCAGCUUUCCGCAACAACCCUAACUACGCCAGUGGAGAUGUGACAGCAGACAACAUAAAGAUAGGGCCCAUACGUAUUUUGGUGUGCACGGAUGCUGCUGGCAUGGGAUGUAACGUGCCCGAUGUAGAUGUCGUCAUCCAAUGGAAGUUGCCUGCGACACUGUCCAAUUUCAUACAGCGAGCGGGGCGUGCCGCACGCGCACGGAAUAGGACCGGGAUUGCAAUCCUCCUGGUCGAGCGUUCCGCGUACUCCAUCAACCUGCAGGUGACGCCUCAGGAAGACGAGUCGAGCUCAGCCCCAAGGUCGAACAAAAGGCGACGUGGGCGUAAAGCACCCGGGCCGCCAAAGGAUGGUCGCAAGAAAGUGCCGAAAGACUAUGCCAAGCGACACGGCGUCAACCGCGGCAGUAGUGCAGGCUCAAACAGCGACGGGAUUCUCAACCCCGCUGACCAGCCAAAGAUCAACCAUGACGCAGAAGACGAGGGUCUUCUAGCUUUCGUACAGAGCACCCAAUGCCGCCGGAAAAUUUGGAGGGAGAUCUACGAGUGCCCUGCAUCAGGACACGACACAACCCUUCCCGUACCAUGUUGUGACGUAUGUGAUGCGUCACUGUUGGAUCGCGCACGACCGCCUGUGGUCCAAAGCACGCGCAGAAAUGCCAAACAGAAGGUGGGCCUCCCUGAUCCUGCAGCACAGACGGUGUUGGAAGAGUGGCGCGAGACCAAGCUCGACGAAGACCAUCCACAUGCACUGUUUGGCACCACGGCCAUUCUUAGUGACGCGCUCAUUGAACGGCUAACCUCUGUGGGACCGUUCACGCGUACCAAGGCCACAACAAUGCUCAAGACGUGGCUAUGGCGCGACCGAUAUGAAGAUGAGUUGACUGCCCUCCUGCUAUCCCUACCCAUCCAUUCUAUUCCAAAGCCCACGAAGACAUCUUCGAGCGGGAGCAAUACCACCAAAGCCUCGUCAGUCGACAAGAACGUACAGGCCAGCAAACGUACUGUCACUGCUGACGGAGAUACUGCAUUGGCACCUGGCGGCCACGAGCGUUCAUCAAAACGCGCACGUCGUACUCACGACGCAGAGCAGGUAUGUUGA